AUGAGACAAGCAGCAGCAGGCGGCGAGGAUAGUUCCAGCAGCAGCGGCCGUGCCAGGCCGCCGCCGCCGCCGCCGCCGCCGCCGCCGCUAGGACAGCUCUCAUGGACGCUCAGGAACGACAACGGAACGAUCGCGGUGCCGGCCACGGUUCCUGGACACGUGCAUCUGGACCUGCUGGCAGCAGGGGUGCUCGACCAGGGAGACCCGUACUUCGGCACCAACGAGCUGGCGUACAGCUGGGUUGCGCUCACGGACUGGACGUACGUGCUCACGCUGCCCCGAGCGUGCUGGGUCGUUGAUCCGCCAAGGGACGGCGGCGGCGGCGGCGGCGGCGGCGGCGGCGGUGGUUGUGUGGACAGCGGCGGCGACGGCGGCGGUAGCGAAGAUGGUGACUGCGGUGGACGCGUAAGGCGUGCAUCGGCUCAUGAGGGAGGGGAGGCACCAGCAGCAGCGGUGGGCCUGCUAACGUUCGAAGGCAUCGACACGUUCGCCACCGUCAGCGUCAACGGAGAGGAGAUUGGGAGGUGGUCCAACCAAUUCAUGCCAGCAACGUUUGCCCUGAGCGGAGGCAUCCUAUCGGAGCUUCUCACAAAACAGGUUUCCACCAUCGAGGUGACUAUACGGUCGGCGCUUGUGGAAGCAAGGGAGCGUGCCGCGGCUAGCCGGAAGCCAGUGCCGGACUCUGUUUUCUUCGGAGACUGGGCCGAGCCGGCGCACCGGAACUUUGCUCGAAAGGCGGGGGCGGAUUUCGGGUGGGAUUGGGGGCCAGCCUUCGUGCCGGCGGGACUCCCGGGUUCCGUUUCGCUGACGGUUACAAGCACGGGCCGCCUGCUACCCGACGUGGCCGUGGCGCAAGACUGGGGGACACCUUCUACGGCUCACCAAGACAACACCUUUGGCGUUGUGGAGAUCACCGUGACGGCCUUCCUAGACGGGUUCGAAGAGCCCGGGCGGCGAGGGGGCAGCCCGGUCGGGGACAAGGGAGGAGGAGGAGGAGGAGGAGGAGGAGGAGGAGGAGGCGUGUUUGUCGACGGGGAGGGGGUUGAUGAUGAUGUCCCCGGCCCCGUGCCUGCGGCCUAUCCUCCAUCGUCAGACGAUCUCCGGAGAGCUGCAAGAAACCCUGGUGCUGGAAGCGGGAGUCUCGGUGCUGCUAUCGCCGCUGCCGUCGGCGACGGUGCUGACGGUGAUGCCGACGAAAAGUCCGGUGACGGUGUCGUCAAGAGGUCCGGCACCGGCGUAAAUCGUGCUAACAGUAGAGCCGGCGAGGUUGCCCCGCAGAGCAGCGUCCGCCGGUCCAUCGGCCUGCGAAAGGUCGAGCUGGUCCGGGUCCCGAUAGCGGCGGCGGCGGCGGCCGCGGGAGCGGCCGCAGGGAAUAGUGACGGGGGAGGGAAUGUGGCACAGUCAGCGGGAGCGGCAGCAGAGGCGGCGGCGGGAGCGGCGGGAGAGGGGUCAGGGGGCGGCCUGGGGCAAGGUGUGAUGCGGUCGGCGGAGGCGGCAGCAGCGGGAGUGGUGGCAGAGCAUGGUCGGGGAGGGGACGUGAUACGGUCAGCGGGGACGGCAGCGGGAACGGCGGCGGCAGCGGGAGCGACGUCAGAGGGGCCCGGGGGGGGUGGAGAGACAAUGUACUUCCGAGUGAACGGGGUCGACGUGUUCGCGCGGGGCUCCAACUUCGUGCCGCCCGAUGCUUGGGGACAAAGGGUCACGGAGGAGAAGCGGCGGUGGCUCCUGGAGAGCGCGGCGACUGCCAACAUGAACAUGAUCCGGGUUUGGGGAGGGGGUCCACCUCAGGACGACCCUUCGAGCUCUCGCCCGCUGCCGGAGCGCGCCAGAGCGGGGACGAUGGCGGAGAACGAGGCAAGAAGUAACGGUGCAUCUUUUUCGCCGGUUUCCGAGGGUCCGGCGGGAGGGGGGGAUGAUCGAAACCCGUCCCCUCUUCUUCGGGAAGAGGCGGUGGCGUCCCCGGUUUCCGAGAGUCUAGCGGCGGGGGGCGGGGAGGAUAGAAACCUGUCCCCUCUUCUUCUGGAAGAGACGACGGAAGAGGCUAAAAGUAAUGGUGCCGUUCCGUCGCCGGUUUCCGAGGGUCCGGCGGCAGCGGGGGCGGAGGAUGGAAACCUGUCCCCUGUUAUUCUGGAAGAGGCGGCCAAGGAGGCCAGGGCGUUCGUCAGAAGGCUCAGCGCUCACCCUUCGGUGGUGUGCUGGGGCGGGAACAACGAGGUGGAGCAAGCGCUGGGAUGGUUCAACGAGUCUUCAAGCGAGCCAGGGAGGCAGGCUUACGAGCGGGACUACGUCUCCCUUUUCGUUGAUACCAUCGGGAACGCGAGGUGGGGGGACCCCAACAAUCCGAAGUAUGGUGACGUUCACUUCUACGACUACGGCAUGGACUGCGAAGAUUCCGACGGCUACCCCUACGCCAAGUUCGUCUCGGAGCACGGGGUGCAGUCCUUCCCCUCCGUGGCCUCGUACAAGCAGGUCAUCAACCCCGGGGACAUGUGGUUAGGGUCCCCUGCCCUGGCGUUCCGCCAGAGGCACGAAGGCGGGGACGAACAGAUUUCGCGGCAGAUGCGAAGGCACUUCGAUUUCCGCCUCUCCCGCGAGGAGGAACGCCUUCUCGGGAAGGAAGGGGGCGCCGCGGGCGAGGAGGCCCUCAGGGGGUACCUCCUGCUGUCGCAGGUGACGGGCAACACGAACCCGAAGACGACCUGUUUGAGCUUUUCUUGCUACUCCCCUCACAACCAAACCAAGCCAAUUUGUGGAGCUGUCAUCCAUCCGUGA